GCCCAGCGUGCCCCGCGGCUGUCGCGCCUUCAAGAUGGCGGCGCCCAGGGGUGGCUCGGGCCUGGACACGGACACGGACACGGACUCGGACUCGGACAGCAGCGGCGGGGCGGCAGCGCGGUUCCGGGAGGCCGCCUGGGACUGUGUUGCGCAGGCGGCGGUGCCGGUGGAGCCGCGCCGCGGUGGCUUUAAAAAGGAUCGGUUACAGCCCGCUCAGCCUAGCCUAAGGCGUGAGGUGAACGGUCAUGAUGAGGAUGGAAAUGAGCUACAGACGACACCAGAGUUCAGAGCACAUGUUGCAAAGAAACUGGGAGCAAUGCUAGAUGGUCUCAUCACUGUCUUGAAGGACUCAUCAGGACCUUCACAAACUUCUGUGCAACAGUCUGACUCUGCAGAUGAUGGUUUUCGCCUCUUCUCUUCCUCUGUCCCUGGAGACUGUGGGAAAUUGGAGCCUUGCCCUGCAGCAAGGAGGAGACAGCCAUCUAGCUCCAGUGACGUGGACAGUGACCAAGAGUGGCAAAGGUACCAGGAGGCUGCUGUGUCAGCCACAGACAUUCUGAAGCAAAGUGCUUUUCCUGCUCCGUCCCAGGAUUCCAGCCAGGAUCAGAGUCAGGGUUAUGUAGAGCACAGCCAGAAAAAAAAGAAGAAAAAGAAAAUUAGGGGAGAGAACAAUAUUCAAGAGAAAAUAAUAGACCCAGCAGAGUGUGACCAGAUCUGCAAAGAUUUGCCAUGGUUGGUGUCUGCAAAUGGACAGCAUGAGAGACAGGACAGCAAUCGUACAGAGAACUCAAUGGUGCCAGGAGUUGUGAAGAAGAAAAAGAAGAAGAAAAAAAGAGAAUGAAGAUUUUGCUCUGCAAAUGGCAGGUGAUUAUGAUGGAUGAAGGAUGCUAAAAAAAAAAACAACCCAAAACUAACAAGAGUUGCUGCAGAUGAGGGGAAAAUUAAUUGGCAAAGGUUCCGUUCUAAAAGCUCAGUGGCCUGAGAGUCUAAUUAAGUGACUUCCUAUGUUGUUGGCAUCCCUUGGGGAAGGGAACAUUGUUCUCCUAGCAGAGCGGUUAUCUAUGCUGCUGCUUAUGCAGACCUAGCGUAAAAGGAUUAAAUACUGUGCACGGACUUGCAUCACAGAGGGAUAUAAUCAUAGCUGCAUCCCUCCUGGUCUGUUUCUUCACACCAUGAAACCAAAUCUUGUGUCCUGGAGAAAGUAUAUGAUGAAUUGAAUUUGGUUUACAUGGCAACAGGCAAGAGAAGCCUUCAUUUCCUUCAGGUGGGUUCUGAAUUGCUGCUUUGGACCAGACCUUGCUUAAACAGAGGUUCAGAGCUGUGAAGUACUCAGGACCAUCUUCUGGCCCUUUCUUCUGGAGCCUGCUAGACAACCCUCACUGAUGUCAGUGCACAGCCUGGAGCCGGGCUAGGCAGAGAGCAGGGAAGAUGGCGUCUGCACCCCGAGUACCAGCUCCCCUCCCUGCAGUGAGUUAAAAAAGCUCAGAUGGAUACAGAAGACUUUCUUUGUGUGGCUAAAAAGAAGCAACAAUUUGGAGACCAUGUAAAAACAUUAAAUGACCUCACUGAAUGCUUACAACUGGAUGCCAUGUGGAGAAUCCUUAGCUGAAUAUGGAAACCUUUCAAAUACUAAGGAGGAGGGCAAAACCAAAGUAAUGGACAGCAGAGUCCUGUGAACAGAAUGGAAGGCAGAAUAGGCUCCCAAAGCCUGACUUCUUGGAUCAACACCAUUUUUACCUUUGAUGUUUUCACUUACUGAAUUAUAUCCAUUAUUAAGUGUACGUGAUGAAAAAUACAGUCAUUUGCUGGGAUAAAGCUAGUGUAAUGUGGCUUCAAGGGGCAUACAGAGAAGGAAAAAGCCCAAGUAUAUUUAUGAUAAAAGUGUUAGCAGCAGGAGCCUGUAUAGUUCCCCGAAUAUGGUGGUAAAAUUGCCAUUGGCAAAAGAAACACAGAGAAAUGGUUCUUCUAAUAAUUCUUUACCAUUUUCCUCUUCUUCCUGCUGAGACUGCUAAAUGCUUUGUUGGCCUGAAUGACAUUAACAUCAUCCCCUCCUUGAAAUGUGAGAGCUAUUAUUAUAAUGUUCACCCUUUCUUCUGUGGUUGGGGAAAAGAAAGCUAUGCAAGUACAAAAAUUGAUUAUUAUUUGUGCAUUGGGAGCUUAGUCCCAAAUGGCACACGGGAGUGUGAAAAAUCGGAGAUAAUUGUCAUUUAUAUGUUGUUUUCAUAGGGUUGGAUUUCAGCUAUUUCUGCAAACCCCGAGUAUCUCAGUGGGAAAGGACUCUCCUGAGUACAUGGUUUUCAUGUUCCAAAUACAUACCCAUUUACGUUUUAAUUUAGCAGUCUUUGUUGUAAAUAUGUGAUUAUAAUCUAAAAUGUGAUUUUAUAGGGAAGGAAGCUGUUUUUUUCAUUGGUGCCUCCUUCCAUACUUUCAGUAGUACAAUCAGAAGCAGAACAACCUAAACUUUCAGAGCCAAGAAGGGGGCAAGGCUACCUUUUGACUGAGACACUGGCGUAACUUCCCAGUGCCUCCUUACCACUGUUUGUAUGGAUUCAGUUGCAUUCAGAAGAACCAACGUUUUUAUCUCCAAAGACAACAUUUCUUAAGCUUUGGGAGUCUCAGUUACACUGAGGCUAAGGUGUAACAACCAUUAAGAACUGGCCUGGAUGCAGAGCUAGAAGGCAUGGUGUGAUAAUGCCAUAGGGCACAAUGGGCUUAAAUUACAGUCUCUCUCUCCCCAUUCCUAUUCCUGUAUGGGGAAACAGGACUGCGUCCUUCUUCCCAGUCAUCCAUCUGUUCCCCCUUCACUUACUUGCUGUUUC